ACCAGAGGCACGGCGCUUGCUUACAAUGAAACACAGGCGGAGGCUGGCAGUGGAACUCUAGCCUGUGGUGCCUGCCAUUUAGACCGAGAGAUGGGUAGAUGACCACCGAGAGCAAUGGAGUCGAGGGCCCGUUGAUACCAUGAAUGACAGGUAUCACAAGGCGGCCCGGGAUGGCUACCUGGACCUGCUGAAAGAGGCUACGCGGAAGGACUUGAACGCGCCGGAUGAAGAUGGCAUGACACCGACGUUAUGGGCCGCUUAUCAUGGCAACUUGGAGGCUCUGCGACUUAUCGUGGGCAGAGGAGGCAACCCUGAUAAGUGUGACAUAUGGGGGAACACACCUCUCCACCUGGCGGCCGCCAACGGCCACCACAACUGCCUGUCCUUCCUGGUGUCCUUCGGUGCCAACGUGUGGUGCCUGGACAACGACUACCACACGCCCCUGGACAUGGCCGCCACCAAGAGCCACAUGGACUGUGUCCGCUACCUGGACUCCAUCGCCGCCAAGCAGUCGGCCCUCAACCCCAAGCUGGUGGGGAAGAUGAAGGAGCGGGCUUUCCGCGAGGCUGAGAGGAGGAUUAAGGAGUGCGUGAAGCUGCAGCGGAAGCACCACAAGCGCAUGGAGCGCAAGUUCCACAAAGAGGCGGCGUCGGAACAGUCCAUGUCAGACGCCAUGAGCUUCUCCAGCUACACAAGCAGCUCAGUGAGCCGCAAGCUGCACCGCCUAAACACCACCACUGUCAGUGUGCCAUACUCUCAGGCUACUCUUCACGCCACAACCCGAGGCAAGACCAAGAUCCAGAAGAGGUUGGAGAAGAGGAAGCAAGGAGACGGGACCUUCAAGAUCUACGAGGACGGCAGGAAGAGCAUGCGCUCCCUCUCGGGCCUCCAGCUGGGCAACGAUGUCAUGUUCCUUAAACAGGGAACCUAUGUCGGCCCUCGGGACCGCGCAGGGCGCCGCGGCAACCUCCGAGACAUAUUCCACGGAGACGCCAACGACGACGCCAUCUCUCGUGCCAUCAGCGAGCCGGACUUGUCUUACCGGCCCGACAUGGAAUACUCUGAGGUCAGCACCGACUCGGGCCACGACUCUCUCUUCAACCGGCCCGGUCUGGGAACCAUGGUGUUCCGACGCAACUAUAUCAGUGGCGGCCUGUUCGGCAUCGGCGGGCGUGACGAGGGGAGCCUCAGUGGAGGAACUGAACGGGCAGGCAGCGCCAACGUGCGGCUGCGCAGUCAGCUGCGGCGUUCGCCCAGCCUGGACGAUGGGGGGGACAGCAUCGGCAGUGCCCGCAGCCUCCAGGAAAGGAACCGCCAGGAGCUUCCCUGGGACGAGGUGGAGCUGGGGCUGGAUGAUGACUGCGAGGCCGUGACCAGCCCGUUGGAGGUGUUCUUGGCUGCGCAGACCAUGGGCGAGUUCCUCACCGUCUUCAGGCGGGAGAAGAUUGACCUGGAGGCGCUGCUGCUGUGCUCGGACCAGGACCUCAAGAGCAUCCACAUCCCCUUGGGGCCCAGGAAGAAAAUUCUGGAUACCUGCAAGAGACGUCUGGAGACCCUUGAGGACCCUGACUACAUCGAGGACACCCUGCUGUGAAUUGUGACUCACGCUUUAGGAUCUGAAGAUGCUCUGUAGGUACUGUAUACCUCUACUACUGUGAUGUUCACCUACAGAGUAAACCUACCCUACAGAGUAAACCUACCCUACAGAGUAAACCUACCCUACAGAGUAAACCUACCCUACAGAGUAAACCUAAGUUCCAGAUUACAUCUGAGUGUGUAGUGUGGGGAUUUUUCACUGGGACAUGUUAGUAUUGUCGCUGCUCUCCCCUACACAUAGUUAUGAAGGUAGGCAUCUAGUUUUUUCUUUGGUUGAUCAUAAUAGUAACAAUCCGGCAUAGAAUUCAUUCCUGUCUGUCUCUGCAAAUAUGGCAUUGCCAUUCUUCUGGAGACCACUAGGUGGACACACUGUAUAGGUCAAGCAGAAUGCUCUUCCUACCUUAAAGGUAGGUCAGUGGAGCAUUGUGGCUCAGUCUUGUGGCUCAGUCUUGUCAGGCUAAUGUUUCAUAGGGGUUUGUUGUAGUAUAUGCAACAUUCAGAGACUUUACAGCUACAACAUAAAUAGUGGUUUGUUGUAGUGUAUGCAAUAUUCAGAGACUUUACAGCUACAACAUAAAUAGGGGUUUGUUGUAGUGUAUGCAAUAUUCAGAGACUUUACAGCUACAACAUAAAUAGUGGUUUGUUGUAGUGUAUGCAAUAUUCAGAGACUUUACAGCUACAACAUAAAUAGCGGUUUGUUGUAGUGUAUGCAACAUUCAGAGACACGCUUGUCUGAAUGUGCGAUUAUGUAAGGACAUUCAGAGAAAUGUUGUCAUUUCAUUCCCUGGGUCACCCUGUGACUUGUUAGGCAGAAAGGAGGACAUUGUCAAGAUAAACAUCUCAGUGAACAAAAGAAGACAAGUAAAAUACAGAAACCUGAGCUUUCUAUGGACUUUAUAAAUGAAGGAGAAGAGCUGAAGAGAUCUGAAAGGUGUUUUGGAUCGUUGCAGCUUCAUUAGAGUGAGUUCUAGAAGUCUACUACACUGUUGACCAAUUUUAAUGAUCUAAAGGACACUGUUGACUGUUUUAAUGCACUAAAAGCUACUGUUGACCAGUUUUAAUUAACUAAAAGACACUGUUGACCUUUUUAAUGAUCUAAACGACACUGUUGACCGUUUUAAUGAUCUAAAGGACACUGUUGACCGUUUUAAUGAUCUAAAGGACACUGUUGACCUUUUUAAUGAUCUAAAGGACACUGUUGACCUUUUUAAUGAUCUAAAGGACACUGUUGACCGUUUUAAUGAUCUAAAGGACACUGUUGACCAUUUUAAUUAACUAAAUGACACUGUUGACCGUUUUAAUUAACUACAGAGGACCUUGCUGCUUCCGUGAAGGACAGAGACCUAUGGCAUGCCAUCUUUUGGAGCAUUGCGCCACCAUACUCAGUCAGCCAAAGACUGCCUGGAUCUGUAUCCACAGAACACAGUGUUGAUGUGCAGCAGUGUUCUUGUAUGCCAUGUGGCACAGUGUACUGAGAGAAGAACAAGGAGGUGUGGCCUGACCCCCUCCAGUACCUCUCUGUCUGACCCCAAUACGUUGGCCCCUGUGGGGCAUGUUAGGUACCGUACUACCAUCCCCUGAGACUGUGCUCCUGGUGUCAGUACAUGGGGCAUGUUAGGUACCGUACUACCAUCCCCUGAGACUGUGCUCCCUGAGACUGUGCUCCUGGUGUCAGUACAUGGGGCAUGUUAGGUACCGUACUACCAUCCCCUGAGACUGUGCUCCCUGAGACUGUGCUCCUGGUGUCAGUACAUGGGGCAUGUUAAGUACCGUACUACCAUCCCCUGAGACUGUGCUCCUGGUGUCAGUACAUGGGGCAUGUUAGGUACCGUACUACCAUCCCCUGAGACUGUGCUCCCUGAGACUGUGCUCCUGGUGUCAGUACAUGGGGCAUGUUAAGUACCGUACUACCAUCCCCUGAGACUGUGCUCCCUGAGACUGUGCUCCUGGUGUCAGUACAUGGGGCAUGUUAAGUAACGUACUACCAUCCCCUGAGACUGUGCUCCCUGAGACUGUGCUCCUGGUGUCAGUACAUGGGGCAUGUUAAGUACCGUACUACCAUCCCCUGAGAUGUGCUCCCUG